AUGGCUUCUUUAGGGAUGGGUCCCCAGCAGGAUUUAUUUCUGCGUCAAGAAAGAUUACAGAUAAUAGGAUUUGCUUCUUGGAGGCUGUUGGCAUGUUUGGUGCAAACCGUGCACAGUGCUUUCUUAAAGGAGAAUAUGGACCCUAUUUGUCAUAUUUUUCUUCUUCUUCUGGCCUUCCACAAGAUAAACCCGUCUGUUUCAUCUUGUAUCACAGGAUGCUCUUGUUCUCAAGACAGCUUUGGAAGGAGUUUGCUCUGCAUGUCUGCACUGCUGAGGCAGAUCCCUGCAAACAUCCCUCAGGACAUCCGGAAAAUUAGAAUAGAAAAUUCUCACCUAACAGAAUUACCUCGUGGUUCUUUUGAGAAUGUUAGUGCCUUGGAGUAUCUCUGGCUCAAUUUUAACAACAUCACAGUGAUGCACAUCAAGAGCCUGGAAUAUCUGUCAGCUCUGAAGGAGCUGCGCUUGCAAGGGAACAAAUUAAGAUCAGUGCCAUGGACAGCAUUUCAAGACACCCCGGCCCUGAAAAUCCUGGAUCUGAAGCACAACCGGCUGGAUGUCCUUCCAGAACAUGCGCUCCGCUAUCUGCCUAACCUGACCUAUUUAGAUCUAUCCUCAAAUCAGCUUACUGUCAUAUCCAGGGAUGUCUUCUACAGCUGGCCGGUCUACCAGAGAAGCCAGAGGGCAGAGGGGCAUAUAGAAUCUAUUUCCAAUGCUGUCCUGGCUCUUCAUGACAACCCCUGGAUUUGUGACUGCCGCCUGCGGGGAUUUGUCCAGUUUAUCAAGUCAGUUGGCCCCCCUAUUAUUCUCAUGAAUUCCUAUUUAACUUGCUCAAGCCCAAAAUUCAGGGCAGGGAAGUUUUUUUAUGAAGUGGAGCUCAACAGCUGCAUGAAGCCCCUGACCUCAGCCCUUGACACAAACCUGACAGUCUCAGUGGGGCUGAAUGUCACCCUGACCUGCUUUGUGCAAGCCAGCCCUUCCCCAGCUGUCUGGUGGACCUAUUCACUCAAACUUUUAAGGGCAUUUAAUGUGUCCACGGAGCCCGUCAGCGAGGACACCGUGCGCUCAGAGCUGCUCAUCCCGGCAGCACGCCCAGCAGAUGCUGGCAACUACACCUGCACAGCUGCUAACUUCUUGGGCAACACCUCGGUGGCCAUCGCUCUCCAUGUGCAGUCCCCGUGGGCACCCACCGCCACCCCGGGCUGGGCACCCAUUGGCCCUGCUGAGUCGGGAGCCCACGUGGAAGUGCGCAUCGCCAAGCAGACAGUCUAUGGCAUCACCCUGGAGUGGUUUGCAGUGGCGGCAGCAGCAGCGGAGCCGGGGG